GAAUCAUCACACACACACACAGAGAGAGAGGGAAUCGAGGGGAAAACAGCGAUGGCGGCGGAGAUCCACUCGAGGCCUCAGAGCUUCAGACCCGUCCUGUUAAACAAGAUCGAGGGCCACAGCGACACCGUGAACACGGCCGUGCUGAUCCCGAAGGAGGACGGGGUUAUUACGGUCAGCGAGGACAGGACGAUUCGAGUUUGGCUGAAGCGGGACAGUGGACAGUACUGGCCCAGCAUCUACCACACGGUGUCCUCUCCGUGUUCCUGUAUGUCAUAUCACCAUGAGAGCAAGCGGAUCUUCAUAGGACAGGACAAUGGGGCCGUUGUGGAGUUCCUCAUCUCAGAAGAUUUCAACAAAAUGAACCAUGUAAAAACAUACCCAGCCCAUCAGAACCGUGUGUCGGACCUCAUCUUCUCUCUGGAGAGUCAGUGGGUGAUCAGUACGGGUCAUGAUAAAAGCAUCAGCUGGAUGAGCACUCAGAGCGGCUCUAUGCUGGGACGCCACAGCUUCGGCUCAUGGGCUUCCUGUUUACAAUAUGAUAACGAUACCCAGCAUGCCUUUGUGGGAGAUCAUUCAGGGCAGAUCACGCUACUGAAACUGGAUGAGCAGUCGUGUUCUAUCAUUACCACACUAAAGGGACAUGAAGGUAGUGUUGCUGUGUUAUAUUGGGAUCCAGUUCAGAGGUGGCUGUUUUCCGGAGCAUCUGAUCACAGUGUGAUCAUGUGGGACAUUGGUGGCAGACAGGGACGCACAUUACUACUGCAGGGACACCAUGAGAAGGUCCAGGCGUUGAGGUAUCUGCACUUGACCCAUCAGUUGGUGUCCUGCUCUGCUGACGGAGGAAUGACAGUGUGGAACAUGGACACGACUCGAGAAGAGGCUCCACAGUGGCUGGAGAGUGAUUCCUGUCAGAAAUGCGAACAGCCGUUUUUUUGGAAUAUAAAGCAGAUGUGGGACACUAAGACCCUGGGGCUCCGACAGCAUCACUGCAGGAAGUGUGGCAAGGCCAUUUGUGGGAAGUGUAGUUCUAAACGCUCCACGUACCCCGUCAUGGGCUUUGAGUUCCAGGUGCGCAUGUGUGACGACUGCUACGACACGAUAAAAGAGGAAGAUCGGACUCCUCUGGCUACGUUUCAUGAAGGGAAACACAACAUCGCUCACAUGGACAUGGACCCGAGCCGAGGACUGAUGGUCACAUGUGGGACUGAUCGAGUUGUUAAGAUCUGGGACAUGACGCAGGUGGUGGGCAGCAGUGUAGCGGCGGGAUUCUCUGCCCGCUGAUUGGCUGUUUCUGAAGGCUCCGCCCACACUCCAACAACGGAUAUCUGUCGAGGAUCAUGGAAACACUCACCUACAUGUCUAACUCUCUCGUCCUUCAGCUGUGGAGUCUACGCAAAACGGACAGUUCAAUACGGUGUAUGUCAAUAUGUGUGUGUUAUUGGGAUGGUCCUUGAUUUUCUGAAUCAGAGGCAUUCAUGGCUCAUAUGAGGUAUGAUGGCCUGGAUUUGAGCGAACAUGAACUCAAGGUACUUCUAAAAGCACAAUAUUUGCUCUCUCUCUCUCUCUCUCUCUCUCUCUCUCUCUCUCUCUCUCUCUCUCUCUCUCUCUCUCUCUCUCUCUCUCUCUCUCUCUCUCUCUCCCUCUCUCUCUCUCUCUCUCUCUCUCUCUCUCGGACGGUGUGUCCCUCUAUGCAUAAGUACCAUUCUAACAAACAGGAAGCAUUUUUUUCAUCUAACAUCCUGUUUAUUUAUCCAUCUGUCUUGUUUAUCUGUCUUUCACUUUUUGAAUUUGAGUGCCACUACUGGCUAUAGUAACCAGCACUUGCAUACAUUCUCAUACAAACUUGCUAAAACAUACAAAAAAGUGUCACUGUAAACCCACUAAAGCUCAAACUCAGAGACAGACGGGUUCAGGUCAGGUAGGUGAGGAUAAUUAAAUGUAGCAUAUAAAAUCCAUGAAACAUUUUAUGACUAAACACAUUUAGUUAGUACACAAUGUUUGUAGAGUUCUUCUGUUAAACACUAUUUAUAGCACUAGUCAUUGUUUCUCUGUGGUUUAGGGACAAAUUAAAGUGAUGGUUAACUCAUAAAUGAAAAUCUGUCAACAUUUAUUCACUUUCUUCUGUGGAACAGAAAAUUAGACGUUUAGCAGAAUGUUGAUGCUGUUCUUUCCAUACAAUAGAAGUGAAUGAGAACUUGGGCUCCAAAAAUUGUAAAAUGAGUCCAUACGACGUGUGCACUAUAUAACAACUCUUCUGAAGCCGAAUGAUAGCUUCCACAACCAAAAAUGAACAAUAAAAUGAGUCUUUACGACCUA